AUGGCUUCCUCUUACCCAGCUGUCGUGCUGCUACUCUUGCUGCGGUUCUCCUGCGGCGCCGUCGCCGUCUCCUCCAGCUACAUCUCAAGGACCACCGAGCAACAGAUCAUCGCCAGUGCCGCACCGGCGGCAUUUGCGGACGCCGAUGCUGAUGACCAGAGCGACCUGGAGGGGCUGCCUUUCCUCGCGUCACCCUCCGGGUCCUUCGCCGCGUACCUCCGUCGCGCCACCACCGUGGACAAUGGCGGGGACGUGUGCUACGUCGAGGUCGUCCAGCAGCAGGGCGGCGGCGGCGGGACUAGCAGCGUGUGGGAGUCGGAGUGCACGCCGGUGAGCGGCGCCGACACGUGCGACCUGGCCUUCUCGCCGGUUGGGCUGGAGCUCUUCGCCGGCGGCCAUUCCCUGUGGGACACCGCCGUGGAUUCGGACCCUGAGAUGGUCAGUCUCGACGGCGCGGGCGACAUGAGGAUCGUCAGCAGGGACGGCGUCACGGUGUGGAGGACGCGGGACGAGCCGUGGACGGGGCAGAGGUGCGGGGCGCCCUUGCCGGUGUCAUCGUCGGCUUCAACUGUCGACGUGCUCCCGCCGCCGAAGGCCACCACCGGGGCGAAGCUUCUGACGCCGCCGGCGGUCACGUCGGCUCUUGCCAGUCCGUGGGGCUCGGACUUCAGUUUCGGAGACCAGACGGCGCCGCCGUUUGACACGGAGCCGGACCAGAUGCUGCCUCCUCCGCCCCCGGCAGCUGACGACGAGGGUUCGACCGACUUGCCUGACCUGCCGCUGCCACCGCCGCCGCCCCCGGCUGACCCAUCGACCUACUGGCCGGACCUUCCGCUGCCUCCUCCGCCGGCGGACACGUACCCGAUCCCGAUCCCCGAGACGCCGGAAGUGCCUCUGUACUCCUCACCUCCUCCAGCUCCUCCAACCGCAUUUGUCCCACCUCAGACGCCGUUGCCAGCUCUGGAGACGCCCCCGUUCGUGCCACCGCCACCAGCUUCAUCGGGUGGAGACAGCGGCAUGGCAUUCAUGCCACCGCCUGCCGGCACGCCGCACCCGCACCAUCUGCCCCUGGGGGCUUCGCCUCCGCUAGUGCCGGGCGCGGUGGCGCCGAUCAGUGGCGGGCAUGGCAGGCUCCCGUUCGGGCAGGGGCAAGGCGUGUUCGGCCAGCAGCAGAACCAGGUGCUGAACGGCGGGGGGCAGCCGCUGGAAGACAGCGCCGGCGGGUGGUCGGGCAGGGAGCGCGGCGAAGCGGCCGUGAACUUGGCUUUUGUUGGUGUGGUGGCUCUGUUUUUUGGCCUUUAG